CUCCAUGGCCAUGGGACCUUACAUGUCAGCCAGGAAUGUCCCAUUCCAAAAUAUAACAUCAAUUGCCUACUUCCAAUACCUUGGUGCCAUGCCAAAUAGCAUUGCUUUACCAGCUCCUCUGCCAGUUUUCAACGAUAAUCUAGCCGUUAAGACAGUCAUGGAUGGGCUUAAAAGUCUUAAUCCUGCUCAAAUCCCAAAGAGAUUGAUAAAAACCUUUUCAUCACUAUUGGUGUAAACGUUCAGAAAUGCUCUUCGAAAAAUCCACAGCAGAAUUGCCAGGGAGUUAACGGAGGAGUUCUGGCUGCUUCAAUGAACAACAUUAGUUUUAUUAAGCCUAACAUUUCACUUUUGGAAGCUUAUUACAAGAAUAUAAAUGGUUAUUUCACCGAGGAUUUUCCAGAGGUACCUCUCAAAUUCUACGACUUUGUCAAUGGGGCACCUAAUAACCCUCCUAAUGACACCCAAUCAUUGAAUGGAACUAGGACAUAUGUCCUUGAGUAUGGGACUAGGGUUCAAAUCAUUUUGCAGGACACUGGAACGAUAUCAACUGAAAACCACCCAAUUCAUCUUCAUGGCUACAGUUUCUACGUUGUGGGGUAUGGUACUGGAAAUUAUAAUCCACAAACAGCAAAUUUCAACUUGGUGGAUCCACCUUACAUGAACACAAUUGGAGUUCCAGUAGGCGGAUGGGCAGCGAUUCGCUUUACUGCAGACAAUCCAGGGACUUGGUUCAUGCACUGUCACUUGGAAAUACAUAUGUCAUGGGGCUUAUCUGUGGUUUUCAUAGUGAAGAAUGGACAAGGAGCGCUAGAGACACUUCCCCAUCCUCCGGCAGACCUGCCACGAUGCUAGAGUACAUGGGAGUUUGAUAAUGACACAGGAUUUUGGUUGUAAUAUUCGGAUUAAACGAUUCUUUUGAUGCAAGUGUGUUAUAGGAGUGGCUUGUUUUUCUUGACAACAAGAAAAUGUGGUGUAUCGCAAAGGUUGGAAUGAAUAAAGAAAAUUGCUUUCCAUGCUCUGUUUUAUGUCAUACUUUUUAAUCUGAU